AUGCAGAUGGGAACCAGCCUCGAAGUUGAGCUUUGGGCAUUAUAUAAAGGACUGACUGUCCUUCUUCAAAAAGGCAUCAACAAUGUGCUAAUCGAAACGGAUGCGGCCCAGGUGGUGCAGCUGAUGGAGGAUCCAAUUGCCAGCAACUGCCCUUUCAAAAAUUUGGUAGAGGAUGCCAACAUACUCCUCAAUGGCUGCGAGUGCACCAUCCAGCAUAUCUGGAAACAAGGGAACCUGUGUGCGGAUGCCUUAGCCAAGCUGGGUGCAAACCAACCAGAGGAAAUGCUGGUGGUGAAUGAACCACCCGCUGAGUUGAGGAGCUAUCUGUUGGGAAUUCCAAGGGAAAGGGCCUAG